UGAAAUUAUUCCUCAAGAAGUUUAGCUGUUGAAGAUACAAUUUUCGGUUUGCUCUUAAGCAGCAUUUUAAAGUAGUUCAAUGGGCGUCUGGCAGACUAGCAAUAUAGCUAAAUAUUGCAGAGAAAACACUUCAAAAUGUGCUCAAAUUUACGCAAAUUCUCUAUUUGGGAAAUUAUUUCAAUCAAUUUUUUAUGAAACACUGCAGUGGCAACCGCGGAACCAACCAGUUAAUUGGUGACAACCAUGCCGAUCUCUAUCUGCAGUUGUUUUUCAUAUCAACGUUACAUUUAUUUUUGAUGUCAAUGUUACAUUUAUUAAAGGUAGUUUUGAAAUUGUGCUCCUCAAAUCUUAAAACGUCUAAACGUCUUAAUUGUUUGUCCAAGGUGUGUCUAGAAAAGAGUGCCACUAGAAAUACACAGCAAAAGUGACUCAGUUGUUCAGUUCUGUUAUAGUGAUUAGUAAUAAUUUUGCAAUCAAUUUUGGAUAUACAACUUAUAUAAUAUGGCAAGUACCCUCGUUUUUAUCCAUGCGGGUACCCGGGUAUAAGCCUUGUUCUAUGGUACCUACGCAUUGAAGGAAUCGUUCUCCAUAUAAAAAAUUGCAAUAUUUUUGUACUGAAGAGUGAUGAUAUUGAACAUAUGAAUAAUACAUAAGAUAAUGUAACCACAGCUUGUAGCUAUUUAACUGAACUGUAUGUAACUGAAGAGAAGAAAAUAGCGCCCUUGAGAAACACAAACAUAACCACAAUUUAAUUCCUAACUAAACUUUGAAACUAUGUACCACUAAAUAUAAAAAUGAGCGCCUGUGAAAUGAAACGUGUUUCAAUAAGGCCUAGAAAUCCCAAUCCACUGUUUGAAAAAUGGUUAAUUCAAUGGAUAGACCAGGCACCGAUUGGCGAAGAUUCAAAAAUCAAUUUUCCCCGAGCUUUAAAAUCACUGAGAUUGUACCCCUUGCCCUUAGAAUCGGGCAGAGAAUGUAGAAUUUUGAAAGGCUUUAAUCUGAGACUGUGCGCUCUGCUUGGUGAAAAGUUGAAUAAGUACAAAGCCAAUGGAAGUAGUAAAGAAGAACAAAUUAUAUCCCCAAUUACAAUAGAUGAAGAAACAACGCACCAAGAGACAGUUUUGAACAUUACAGAUAAAAGCUCGAAGUCAUACGUGCCUAAAUAUCGCUCUGGGGCAUAUGCAAUUUUAAUAGCCUUGUAUGGACAAAGUAAAUUGGAGGAUUACCCUGGAUAUCUUUUAAAAGCUGAUAUAAUUAAGCAUGGCAAAGAUUUUCUGGACUCAUCUUUCACUAAACCCGAACCUGGCUCUAGAUAUACGGCUUGGUCAUCAAUGGCUACGUUGAUAUCAAAACGUUUAGUUUCAAAAGUUAGCAAUCCAGCUAAAUUUUCUUUAACAGAUGAAGGACGGAUUAUAGCUGAGAAAUUAUACGAACAGACUAAACGCCUUGAAUUGGAUAGCAGCCAGCUAAUCACUUCAAAAACUAAUAAUAAAGUUAGGUAUGAAGUUGCAUAUGCUGGAGUAGCAACGAAUGAACCAGAAAAUUUCAUUAUCGAUUUGGAGGAUGAUAGUUCUGACGGAGAACCCAAAGCUGGCCAUAUUCAAGUAUCUUAUGGAACCAGCAGAUUGCUUUCAGAAAAUGUAGUUUCCGAUUCCGAAAACGGCUCUAACAAUCAGAAGAAAAGACUUCUUAGCAAGUUUGCAUCGACUGACACAAUAAGCUCAUGUUCAGUCACACGACCAAAUAAGAAACAGAAGACUGGUUCAGUAAAGAUGUCAUCUGCAAGCUCAGUAAAAAAAGCUUUGUCAUCUCAGAGCUCAAGCACACAGUUAAAUAACCAUCACAUUAAUCCAGGAACAGCUCCACAAAUACAUUUCAUUUUGAAACCGCAUUCAUUCGACAUCGUUUUGUAUGUGGAUAAAAAUGAAACUUCAGGGUCCUUAAAUGUGAAAGACGACAACCUUCUAAGAGAAUUGGACAAAUCCGGUGUAAAAUACGAAGUAAAGGAUUUAAAAGUUGGUGACUUUACCUGGACUUGCAGGGACCGAUCAAAUCAGAAUGAACUAGUUUUACCGUAUAUCAUUGAACGAAAGCGAAUGGAUGAUUUUGCCCAAAGCAUAAAGGAUAGGAGGUACUACGAGCAAAAGUUUAGGCUAAAAAAAUCUGGCAUUGAAAAUUUGAUCUACUUAAUUGAAAAUUAUGGCAACAACAAAAACCUAUGUUUGCCAAUUGAGAGUUUACGACAAGCUGCAACAAACACUGCCAUUCAAGAGAACUUUUCCAUUAAAUUUACCAACGAUUAUAAAGACACAGCUGAAUAUUUGGUAAAUUUUACCGAUAUUUUGGAGAUUAUGUUCAAGUCGAAAACAUUAGCAAGCUGUGAUAAGAAAAAUAUGCUGCCAGUGGAUAUCAACAGCGAUCUUGUUAGCCUGAUGAUUUUCCAGGAAUUUAAUUUAGCAUCCAUGAAAAGCAAGAAAAUGACGGUCAGCGAUCUUUUCGUGAAAAUGUUGAUUCAAAUUAGAGGCAUGUCAGUGGAAAGGGCUUUAGCCAUAAUCCAACAAUAUCCCUCCCCAUAUUUGCUGAAAGAGGCAUAUGAGAGUAAUGAUUCCGAAAGUGUAAACGAAAAACUUUUAGCUACUAUAAAAUAUGCCACAGGGAAAAAAAUUGGCCCAGCACUUAGCAAGAUCGUUUUCAGAUUUUUUUGUAAGCUGCAGUAUUAAUCUUUUGAUUAAAUAUUUGUUUCACUAACGUUUCAGUGUGGCCGCUUUUCUAAACCCAUUCAAAAAUAAAGUAAAAAUAAUAAAUAAUUAUGGCAUGUAGAAACAGUAAAGUAAAGCUGUAAAACAAAAGAAAGUGAUGUAUCUAUUUGCGAAUGUAUAUAUAGGCACAUUUUUGAAUUUCCAGAUCAAUUAAAUCUAAAACCAUCAUUAA